GCUGUUCGUACGGAUGCGCCGCAGCUGACACCAAACCUGAUGUGGAAAAAACUCUUCAUAGACCUUCUCCGAAACGAUGGGCGAGUGAGCACAGGACUUCCUCUUUGCUGUCCGCGUCACUCUUGGUCAAAACGCCGCGUUGAAUGUCCAGAAGAUAUGCCGGACCCGUAUGGGACAACUUCGUCUUUGCUCUGCACAGAAGUUUGCGGUCGCACUAUACUUAAGGUUCCCACACCAUCAAAGAAAUCGACUUUGAGCACCACAGAUAGCAUGUGAAUCAUGAGAUUCAAAAGGGUGUAAGUCUAAGUGAGGCAAAGUUAGUAAAUAAAUGAUGACGUACUUCAAGUGAGAUGAAAAAAAGUAGCUCCAGCUAGUCAACUCCGAGAUCGCGUCGCUUUUCAUCAUGAUGACGGAUUUUAUUCUACCAGAGUGGAAGGUCCACGUCUAAGUUACCAGAGUGCGGUCAUAAGUGUGAGCAGCCAUGCCAUGCCGGUGACUGCCUUCGUGCUUUCUGCAGGGUGGUGAUCUUACAACACUGCCCAGUUGCGCCGAAGGAACAUCCGCCACGUAAGCUACUCUGUGGUGUCAUCGGGGACCAGCAGAGCUCGAACAAAGUUAAGAUUACUUACUUCGAUUGCCUUCCACAACAAAAUCAACCACGGUGGCCAACAAGCUUGUAACCUAAACUUUUUAUAGAAGUUACAAGGAGAAAUUUACUCGCAUUUUUUAUUUAACGGCUCUAAGGACAAUGAGGGGAUGUUCGGCUGCAAUGUUGAGGUCGAUACAAAGUGCGCGCAUUGUGGAAAAACGCUAAAAAAGAAAUGUGGGGAAGUCCAUCGGCAGAAAGUCUUCUACUGUCGUGUGAAACAACGCUGCAGCCGCAACCCGCGACACACUUUCGAGCGUGCAUGCAAUGAAACGGCUGACGUGUGCCCGAAACGAUGCGGCAAGCUGCUGUCGUGCGGGCAUCCAUGUCCGCUGCGCUGCUACGAGGACUGCUCUCGCGCGGAAUGCAAAAAAACUAUACUGCAAACAUGUGCUGCGGAACUGCACAAGAUGAGGGUUUACUGCAAGGACAUUUUCCCAAAACAAAUGCCGAAAAGUAGUGCGUUCAUGGGCCACGGCAUUGAGGACGAUAAAGAAACCAUGGCUAAUGCUUGUUCAAAUGUGGAACAUGAAGAUGUAGACGACUCUUCGCUUAUUUGCAAACCAAUCGUAGAAGACGAGGGGACAAAGAAGGAGCCUCGACUUCUGCCGUCGUCCUCGUCGAAUGAAGAAACGACAACGAAUCACACCAUCUGGGCGUGUAAGCAGGAAGUGCAAUUUCGCUGUGCAAAAUGCGGCCAAACAUUGACGCGCCGAUGCUACGAGCGGGAAGAAGACGUGAGAUGCGAGCACUACUGCAGAAAGAAGCUGCCUUUUUGUCCGCACCUCUGCACGCGCCUAUGUUGGGAAGACUGCCCCGCCUCUCGCGAGGGGUGCGCUAUAUGCCGAGAGGAUGAGAAAAGCAACUUCUUUAAGGCUCACGAGAUGGAGGUCGUUCUGUUCUUCUGUAUCUGUUUCCUCCUGCUUAGGAAGCAAUCGAAAAGAUGAAUUUUCAUGAGCUCUAAUUCCUUUGCCUUUCUUGACGACUGGGAUGAGGACGAACAGCAAGGCCUUUGGAGCUCGUCUUCUUCGCAAGACGAAAUGAUUGGCGUUGUUUCUUCGUUGCGUAAAACACCAUGGACGUACAAAACCUUGCACUUGCACGACAUCCUAUAUAGCCAGCGCUCUAUCAGCGAUCACUUCCGUGAUGGUCGUUGCAUACACGAAACUCUACGAAAAUUGCGUGAUGACCCAGAGUUACUAAACAAAUUCCCACAAAUCGAGGUGGUCUCGCACGACAUUGGCUACGAUAUGAGACGACAAGGUCAAGGUGGACUAAAAGAUAACGUUACGAUCGAAAAGUUAGCCACUGUGCUCAAAGUCAUCCAUGCUUGUCUUCACUGACCAUAUGUAUCUAAGUAUGCGUAUGGCAACGGCUAUGGCAGGCAGUUUUGUUCAGACAGGAAUUUUCAAAAUUAGUAGUGAAUAAACAGAUCCAGAAGUAUCAUUUAUCAGCGGUCAUUCUGGUUGGACUUCACUACGUGACGAUACAAAACAAUAUUGUUGUUGUACCUGUUUCGGCAACACAACUCUCAUUAGUACUUUUGUAGGAUGUGGGUGGGUAGUACUAGGUAGUCGCAGUUGAUGAUUGUACUGAACUUAUUUCCUUUCAUGGUACGCGAACCAAGCCAGUGUGCAGAGCUGGCAGACAACAUUUUGUACCUGUCCAUGGACAAUCGGCGAUUGUGGUUAUUAAAGCAGCUACACGCCCCAGAUCGCCUUGUGGAGGUGAAGCUCUUUCAUUCGUCGAAGGCCUACGGUGAGAAUUGGUUUAAUUGCAAGUUCAAUACACGGGAAUCGAUCGAAGAUCUUGCUCAAAACCGAUACAAUCAAGUUCGCAUCACGCCGCAUCCCAAGUUUUCAUCUUCCGCCAUAACGAUCUCGACUACCGUGCAUGGCAAGGACAGGACAAAGGGCGCCUUCAGGUUCUCCACAUCGUCCAAGAGCAGUAAGUCUUCUAGUAAGGGUUUUAACAAUUUCAAUUUCCAAGAAAUGAAAUGUCUUGGUGCCCACGUAACUGACGAAUCAAAACCACGUGGCUUCGGCAAGGGAACAGAGCAGUUCGCGGACACCACAAAGUCGAAGAACACGGGCAGCAAGAACAACUACGGCUUGGAUGAGGCAAGGCAAAAGGCCGGCCAUCACGAUAGCGCAGGAGAAGAAUACCGGAUUCCAGGAGCCUUCCAAAUCGUCACCGCGAAGAGACGCCCUGGAGCCAAGGGAUGACAAUCUUUCAAACAGGAGUAGUUUCAAAUUCAAUAGGGAGUAAAUAAGUAAGUAAGGACUCACAUUUUCGCAGAAAGUAUAAGCAAGUAGAAGUUGGUAAUUUAUUACUUAGUUAGAAGCAGAUAUUACAUGCAUGAAUAUAUUUAUAGGAGUCUAAUAUUAGUCUGGGUUUACAUGAACGAAGAUAUUUCUUGUAAUUGUUCUUGUUGAAAAGUGUAAGAAAAGGAGACAGAAUCACUGAAGUGACGAAUAUCUUAAUAAAGUCUACUUAUAAUAGAAUAGUUUAUAGACGGUGGGAAGGUGGGCGCUGGGCGACGCUGGGCCGCUGGGCGGCCACGCUUGGCACGGUGGGCGGACCCUUGGCACACAUGAGGGGCACGCUGGUCGCGUAUGGCGUUGCCCCGCUGCUUCCGCCAAUGUGCAGGGCCGCAGACGCGGUCGGCGCGCUGCUGCGCUCCUUUGCGGAGUGGCCACGUUCUCGCUGCUUGCGGUGCUUCGCUGCUGUAUGCAGUAACGCCUGGGCGUGUAGAGUGCGGCGCAGCGCUGGAGUGUACCUCAGUGCUUUGCUGCAAUGUGCGGUCGACGCUGCUGAGGGAUAUUCCCAGGCGGGCCAGUAGGUGGGCGUGUGCAGCCUGCUGCGGAUCCAAGACGCAUUUGCUUACUCUGCCGGGGAGGCUUCAGAAAUAGGCGCCCGAAGGGUGCCUCGAUUUUUGGCCCCCAGGCUCAUGGUGGGCGCACGGUGGGCGAAAUCUUUCGCAGAAGCCCCACUUUUGGGCGGCCCAGCGUGCCAAGCGUGCCCACCGAUCCAAUUCUGGAGAGGGAGCAAGCUUUUCUAUUGGAGAAAAUUCAACUAAGGACUGCAAAAAUCCGGACAAAAUUCAAUCCUUCCGGGCAUGACACGAAUCCGCAGAACACUCGCCGCCUACUGCGCUCCCUUCUGGAAAACCCUCACCCAGUUGCGAGCCAAGAGCCUCGGGCUCCCUCCAAAUCCCCGCGCCCCUCCAGAAUCCCCCCAGCACACAUGUGCAGGCUGGUGCGGUGGACUCUGGAGGGGCGCGGGGAAUCACAUGAAACGAAACCAAAAGACAGAAAAACCAAGAGGAAGCAAGUGGCAAAAGCCGCUAAGCGGAGCACUUCCAGGACGAGGAGGCGGCAAUAAAGGCCGUUGCUGUGCAGUUCUUAGCUGACUUAGCGCCAUUAUAUACAUAUGCUCCAGGGGCCAAGGCCUCCCCCGAUCUAACUUUUUGAGGGGGGGCCUCCAGCCCUGGACCCUUUUUCCUGAAAAACUGCCGGGCGGGAAGGCCUCCAAAGGCCCACCUUCGAGCCCUUGCGGCUUCUUACGUGUACCCUACAGAACUCAAACCUUGAGGCCGUUCAAGGACCAACGGCCGGGGGUGGCAGGCUUCUGAAGGCGGCAAAGGUGGCAAGGCUUGCCCCCCUUGCCGUGUUGCGUGUACCCUGCUACAGAUCUCCCGGGAGCGGGCUCCUCACUACGGGAGCCCCUUGGGGGGUCGAGGGACUCUGAGGGCAGCAGGUGGCAAGGCUUGACCCCCUUGCCGUGUUGCAUGUACCCGGCCGACCCCUCGUGUGCGGGGGGGGCUCCUCACUGGAUGAGUUUCGCCCCUGCUGCCCCAUAGGGGGGCCAAAGGGGCCAGGCCUCGCGGCUGUGCCUCUGAUAGGACCCCAGGCCCAGAGUCGGGACGCCUGUGGGGUCCACGCGGAGAGCCGCCAGGGGCCUCCGGCUCCGCCUUUUGAGGCCUUCUCCCCGGUGAGUCCUUACAUGUCACCACUGCGAAAAAUAGGGCGCGCGGACGCCACCACCGCUCCAUCCACAGGCGGGGGCCUCCACCCAUGGAGCAUAUAUAUCGUAGCCGCUUGGUUCUUCUAUUUCUUCAUAUAGAGAAAAACUCGAUAUCUAUUACGGCUACUCUCACGCCCGCCGAACAAUCUACCAUUGGACUUGUCACAUAUCUCGAGCGUCGCGCAACUGUAUUUCUACGUACCUAGUUCUUGGUUCUCGUUCUGGUUGUGAUUAAAUAUUAAUUAAGUUCUUUCAAGUUCUUUUCAUCUAGCAUCAUCAAGCAACCCCAACCGCAAGGUUUUGUUCCGACCAGGGGGGCGGGAACAUGAUUCUUGACUGCUUUACUGUACAGGACGAAUUCUACCAAGAUAAUGAAUCCGAAAGAACGAAAGUAUGUACCCAUUGAUGUAGUGAGUCAUCGAAACACUGAAAGCAAAGAUAGACAACACGUCUUCACCAAUCGGACACAUGCAACGCUUCAGUUGCCUCAUUUCCGCUCGCACAUUGUCCACACCUGGAUCUGGUGCUCAUUCCAUUCCCGCACCCCCAUCACGCGUUAGAGUCUAUCGUGUUAAUUUGUCCUCUUAUUUAUUCACUUACGCACUGUUUCAAGCACUGAGGUCUCCGCUUCAACAAAGCUCAUUCACUUACGCUUGUCUUUCUUUUGCUUGUGCACAGCUGGAGAAAAAUUUUCCAGCUGAUAACGCUUGGUGCCUUAUUUCCCGAUGCCUGUCCGGUGCCUGACGCUGACCAUCAAUCUAUCAUUCACUUACGCGAGCAUCAGAAGUUACUUUGUCACCUUCAUGAAGAAAAUACAUGAAAAGGGUGUGGAAUGCAGAAUGUAAUUGUAUCACCGCGGCACGCUUCGCGUGGUUCAUCCUGAUGAAAAUAUGUCGCUCGGAUGAAAAUAG